AUUUAAUCAGUACAGAUUGGAUCUUUUAUCAAGACAAUAGAACCAAUCCACCCACCUACUCACAUAACAAGGAUGCCUUUCCCAGUACUACCUCUUUAUGAGGCUGCUGCUUCAUUAGAGCAAAUAAAGAAACUGUCCGUUACAGGAUUAGCAUUGUUCAAGCUGAAAGAUGAAUCAGACUUAUCAAUAAUCACUUCAAAUGCUGAACUUUUGAAAAACUCAGAAAUUAGUAUUGAAUUCACUGCAAAAGUUGACAUCUCCAAGAUAAUCGAACUAUUAAACAACGGUGUUAGUAAGAUUUUUGCUGAUGUUGACUAUUAUGAAGAAUUGAUUGAUGCUGGUAUUCCAUCAACUAGAAUUGGAUUAAAAUUGACUUCUUGUAAUGAAAUUUCAAAAUACGAUGCUUCUGUCUCAGUUAUUUUACCAUCAUCUGAACCAUUAGGUGAUUUGAAAGCUGCCACUAACGGUGGAGAAAGAUCAAUCUUUGUUUCCUUAGAUGAAUCAUCUCAUGUCACUAUCAAUUCAUUAGUUGCAUCUAAUUUGAUUCCAAUUAUUAAUAAUGAAGAUUUGACCACUGACAAACAAGAUGGCAAAAUCUCAAUUAGUGAUUUAUUUGUGAGCUCAUUAACCACUGAUAGAAAAGAUGGUUUGUUCACUACUUUGGUUACUGAUGUCCAUAAUCAUUCAUUAGGUCUUGUCUACUCUUCAAAAGAGUCAAUCAGUGAAGCCAUUAGAACCAAAACCGGUGUUUAUCAAUCUAGACGUCAUGGAUUAUGGUAUAAAGGUGCUACUUCAGGGGCUACACAAGAGUUGAUCAAAUUGGAUAAGGAUUGUGAUGGUGAUUGUUUGAAAUUUGUUGUCAAACAAUCUGGUGUUGGAUUUUGUCACUUGGAACAAGAUUCAUGUUUUGGUAACAUUUCAGGCUUAGCAAGAUUAGAAAAAACUUUAGCAGAUAGAUUAGAAAAUGCUCCAGAAGGUUCAUACACCAAAAGAUUAUUCACUGAUGAAAAAUUAUUAGUUGCAAAGAUUAAAGAAGAAGCUGAAGAGUUAACAGAAGCCGAAACUAAAGAAGAUAUCGCCUGGGAAGCUGCUGAUCUAUUCUAUUUUGCCCUUACAAGAUGUGUCAAGAAUGGUGUUUCAUUAGAGGAUAUUGAAAGAAAUUUGGAUUUGAAAGGAUUGAAAAUUACUAGAAGAAAAGGUGAUGCUAAACCAAAGUUCAUUGAACAAGAAUCAAAACCUGCAACUACAGCUGCACCAGCAAAGAAAGAAAUAGAAGCUGUUGAUCCAAAUGAAAGAAUCUUGAUGGGCGUUGUUAACACCAAGACUGCAUCAAAUGAAGAAAUUGAAGCUGCUUUGAAAAGACCAGUUCAAAAAACCUCAGAAAUUAUGAAACUAGUCAAUCCUAUUGUGGAAAAUGUUCGUCAGAAAGGUGAUGAAGCUUUAUUAGAGUACACUGCUAAAUUUGAUGGUGUUAAAUUAAGUUCACCAAUCUUGAAAGCACCAUUUGACCCAAAGACUUAUGCCGUUACUCAAGAAUUGAAAGAUGCUAUUGAUAUUUCCGUGGAGAAUGUUUAUAAAUUCCACAAGGCCCAAUUACAAGAAGAGACUUUACAUGUUGAAACACAACCUGGUGUUGUUUGUUCCAGAUUUGCUAGACCAAUUGAAAGUGUUGGGUUAUAUGUUCCAGGUGGUACCGCUGUUUUACCAUCAACUACAUUAAUGUUGGGUGUUCCUGCUCAAGUUGCUGGAUGUAAAAACAUUGUUAUUGCUUCACCACCAAGAAAAGAUGGUUCAAUUUCACCAGAAGUUGUGUAUAUUGCUCAUAAAAUUGGUGCUUCUGCAAUCGUUUUAGCAGGUGGUGCUCAAGCUGUUGCAGCUUUAGCUUAUGGUACUCAAAGUGUUCCAAAAGUUGACAAGAUCUUGGGGCCAGGUAAUCAAUUUGUUACAGCUGCUAAAAUGUAUGUUCAAAAUGAUACUAGUGCCCUAUGUUCUAUUGAUAUGCCAGCUGGUCCUUCUGAAGUUUUAGUUAUUGCUGAUGGUAAAGCUGAUCCAGAUUUUGUUGCAUCUGAUUUAUUGUCACAAGCUGAACAUGGUAUUGAUUCUCAAGUUAUUUUAAUUGGUGUUGAUUUAUCUGAAAAAGAAUUGACAGCUAUUGAAAAUGCAGUCCAUGAACAAGCCUUAGAAUUACCAAGAGUUGAAAUUGUUCGUAAAUGUAUUAAACAUUCAACUACUUUAUUAGUUUCAUCUUAUGAUGAAGCAUUUGAUUUAUCAAACAAAUAUGCACCAGAACAUUUAAUCUUACAGAUUGCUAAUGCUAGAGAUUAUGUUUCAAAAGUUGAUAACGCAGGUUCCGUUUUCGUUGGUGCUUAUUCUCCAGAAAGUUUAGGUGAUUAUUCAAGUGGUACUAAUCAUACUUUACCAACUUAUGGUUAUGCUAAAAUGUAUAGUGGUGUUAACACUGCAACUUUCCAAAAAUUCUUAACAAGUCAAGAUGUUACACCUGAAGGUUUGAAAAACAUCGGUCAUGCUGUUAUGUCAAUUGCUAAAGUUGAAGGUUUAGAUGCUCAUAGAAAUGCUGUCAAAAUUAGAAUGGAGAAAUUGGGAUUAUUAGAUAAAGAUUUUGUUUAAAUAUUUGUACAAAUUUAAAAAAUAAAAAGUUUCAUUUAUCAUAGACAUGUAUUAAUCUAGCAAUAAUUAUUAUUCUUGAUCUAUAAUUUUAACAACUUUUUCAAUUGACCUGAACGUUUCAAAGAUUGUAAAUCUGAAUUACCACCAAUAUGUUCACCAUCAAUGAAGAUGUUUGGAACUGUUGAUUGACCAGUGAUUUCAGCUAAAGCAUCUUGAAUUUCAGAACCAUCACCAAUUUGGUUCAAUUGUAAAACAUAUGGUUGAACUUUCAAAUCCUCAAAUGUAGAUAGUGUUUCUUUACAAUAUGGACAGUAUGAUUUUGAAGCAACAAAGAUGCUAUUUGAAUCAAUCAAGUUUUUAACUUUUGUAACAACUUCUUGUCUAGCCAUUUUUUUAGGUCCAAAGAAUCUUUGAAAUACUGAAAACAAU